AUGGCGCGCGAGACCGCAGCGUCGGCGGUCGAGACCGCAGCGACGGCCAACAAGCACCCGAUCCGCAGGAACCCGUCAGCGGCUGCGGACCCGCCCGAGUCGACCGCCACAGCCGACCACAAGAGCCGUUCGCCCGUGCAGCGCUUGUGCCACUGGGUGCGCCACCUCCGCCGCACGUUCGGCACGUCGUUCCUCGUGCUGAUCAACGUCGCGUACGUCGCGCAGGGAUUCUCGAGCUUCACAGUGCUGGCGGUCAACUUUUUCUUCAAAGAGAACCUGCAGCUCGCGCCCACGCAGUCGCAGCUGCUGCAGAUGGUCACGAAAGUCCCGUGGCGCGUCAAACCCGUGUACGGCAUUCUGUCCGACAGCUUACCGCUCUGGGGCUACCACCGCAAGUCGUACAUGGUGCUCUGCAGUGUCUUGGGCAUUGCAGCGGCCCUGGCAUUGGCCCAUCCGGCUUUCGUGACCACGUCGACGGUGGCCGUCCUCGUGCUCAUGCUGCAGAGCCUCUCGGCCGCUGUGAUUGACGUGGUCAUUGACGCGCGGAUCGUCGAGUUUGCCCGGCGGGACCCGGACAAUGGCGCGAGCGAUUUGCAGUCGCUUGCGUGGAUUUCUGGAUCACUGGGUGGCAUGCUGGGCGCGUUUUUGUCGGGCCCGGCCACGCACAAGUUGGGGGCACGAGGUGUCUUUGGUGUCUCGGCCAUUGCGCCGCUGACGACGCUGCUGUUCUCCUUGUACAUGGAAGAACCCAAGAGCACGCUGCGCAAGCGCCAGUUUGUCUCGUCGGCCACCAAGCAGCUACGCCAGCUCAAGAUUGCCAUUUGCACGCCUGUGAUUUGGAUGUGUGCGCUGUGGGUGUUCAUCUCGCAUGCCAUCAGUCCAGCGUACACGCAGGUGCUGUUCUACUUCUCGACCGACGUGCUGCACUUUACGCCCGAGUUCAUGGGAACCGUGGCGGCCAUCGGCUUUAUCUUCUUGAUGGUGGCAACGAUACUGUACAAUUCGUUCUUUACGAAUGUAUCGUUUCGCCGGAUCUUCCUCGUCUCGCAGCUGUGCCUGGCUCUUGUGUCGCUGGCUGACGUUGUGCUGGUGACGCGCAAGAACUUGACGCUUGGGAUUCCGGACAAGGCGUUUGUACUCGGUGACCACGUGGUCGCCGAUGUCAUUGGCCGGCUGAAAACCAUGCCGAUCAUCGUUCUUUGUGCCAAGCUGUGCCCCCGAGGUAUUGAAGGUACGCUGUUUGCGCUACUCAUGUCCAUCUCGAAUGUCUCGUACAGCAUCAGUGAGUUUUGGGGCGCGCUGUUCUGCGACUGGGUGGGUAUCACGAAAGACAAGUACGAUAUGCUGGGCAUCGCCAUCGUCGUGCGGAGUGCGUUCAAAGUGGUGCCCAUUUUCUUUCUCUUCUUGAUACCGUCUUCCGAUCCGCAAGAAAUUGUCGAGAAACUGGACUUGGGCUCGCCAACUCAUGACGAUGGCCAGGAAGACAAAGAUGAACAACAGUCCGGCACGAUUCAGGAAGAUCACCAAGCAGAGACUUGCUCGCCGUCCGAGAAGAUAGCAACGAAGGGCACGACUGCCGCAAUGGUUUGA